GCGUCGCUUCCAGAUCCAGCGGGCGGAGGAGGGGGUGCGGUGCGGCCGUGACCAUGAAGCAGCCGAGGGGCCGGCAGGAGCCGCGCCGGGUGGGCAACGCCGCCAUGGUCGUCACCAUGGUCGUCUCCCUCUGCGUCCUCACGUACAUCAAGGCGCGAUACUGCUCCAACCCUUUCCCCAAGGCGGUGGCGGAGGUGGAGGUGGACGAGGACUACGACAGCACGCGGUACAAGCUGACGGGCCCCGUGGGCGAGGAGGACUUCGACCCGUCCCGCCCCACCUGCUACAACACCAGCAAGCGGUCGGAGCGGUGCGCCGCCGUGGGCGACAUCCGCGUGGACGGCAACCACUCGCGGAUCUACAUCAGCCCGCUGUCCCGCGAGUGGCGGACCAAGCCGUACGCGCGGCGGCACGACGCCGUGGCCAUGGACGACGUGCGCGAGUUCACGCUGGUCCCCUUCGGCGGCCCCAACGACACGGCCGUGCCGCCGCUCUGCACGCGCACCCACUCCGUCCCGGGCUUCCUCUUCUCCAGCGGCGGGUUCGCGGGCAACCUGUACCACGACUACGCCGACGUGCUGGUGCCGCUCUUCGCCAGCACCAACCACCUGGGCGGGGAGGUCCAGUUCCUGCUGGCCGACAUCAAGGACUGGUGGGCCGACAAGUUCCGCCCGCUCUUCCGCCAGCUCUCCCGCUACGACGUCAUCGACGUGAACAACGACCGCGAGGUGCACUGCUUCCCGCGGAUCAUCAUCGGCUCCACCUUCCACCGCGCCAUGGGCAUCGACCCCUCGCGCUCGCCCGGCGGCGUCACGGUGGCCGACUUCAAGCGCCUGCUCCGCCGCGCGUUCCGGCUGGAGCGCGCCGUCGCGUCGCGGUCGGGGGCGCCCCGGCGCCGGGACCGGCCCCGCCUCCUCAUCAUCUCGCGCAAGAGCUCGCGCCGCUUCGUCAACGAGCGCGCCAUGGCGCGCGCCGCGGCGGCCGCCCGGUUCGACGUGCGGAUCGCCGAGCCCGACAACCACACGGACAUGCCCAACUUCGCGAGGCUGGUGAACUCGGCGGACGUGAUGAUGGGCGUGCACGGCGCCGGGCUCACCAACAUGGUGUUCCUGCCCAGCCGCGCCGUGCUGGUGCAGGUGGUGCCGUUCGGCGGGCUGGAGUGGCUCACCCGCGUCACCUUCAAGGACCCCGCAAGGGACAUGGACGUCACGUACAUGGAGUACAACGUGUCGCUGGAGGAGAGCUCGCUCAGGGACCUCUACCCGGAGGACCACUUCUACCUGAAGCACCCCUACGACGUGCACAAGAAGGGGUGGGACGCCAUCAAGACGGUGUACCUGGACAAGCAGAACGUCAGGCUCAACCUCACCAGGUUCACCAGGACGCUGGAGCAGGCGCGAGAUCUCUUGCCGACGCCAUGACUGAUGAUGACCUCCCCCUCUUUCCUCUGCUCUGCUGCAGGUUUCAUUCACUUCAGAUCAGCUGCUCACCUCACUUCACGCCGUGUCUCUCUCUCUUUUUUUUUUCUGUUGUUGUUCUAUACAUAUACUUGUUUCCUCUUCUCCUUUCCCCUCUCUCUCUAGUCUCUCCCUCUCCACUCUUGUGGUGGCAAGAUUCAUUUCUUUCAUUGUUUUGUUUUUUGUUGUUGUUGUUGAGGAAGGAUAGGAACAAAAACAAGGUAUUGUCGUGUCCAAGGUUAAUCUACACAAACACACACUGUAAAUGAUUGAUUGAUUGCUGUCAGUAGAGGCGAACACAAGGAAUAGGUAAA